AUGGCCUCUUUACAAGCUUCAAGCUUUCUUUUCUCUUGUAGUUGUUCAACAAGAAUCAAUGCUGCCAUUUCUGUACCUAAGCUUCCAGGAAUUCGUAUUUCAGUUCCAAGAAAUGCAUUAAAUGUAGUUGAGGAACUGAAUUUAAGAGAUGGGUUCACAAGUACAAUCCCAAUAGAGAAGAAUACUGCCACUAACACAAGAAAUAUUGAUCAAGAACCAGCAACUACUAGAGCAACAGUCAAGCUUUAUGCCAUCUUAGAAGCCGUUGCAGAUAGAGUAGAGAUGCACAAAAACGUUGGGGAGCAACGUGACAAUUGGAACAAACUUCUUUUGGAUUCAAUUAACAUGAUCAUUCUUACAGCUGCAACCAUGGCUGGUGUAUCAGCAGGAGCUCCUCUUUUAGCUUUGAAGUUAUCAUCAACGCUUUUAUUUUCUGCAGCUACUGGAAUGUUACUGAUCAUGAACAAAAUCCAGCCUUCACAGCUUGCAGAAGAGCAAAGAAAUGCCACAAGAUUGUUCAAGCAACUUUAUAGACAAAUACAAACUACUCUUGCUCUUCGUGAUCCUACGGAGUUAGAUGUGAAGGAUGCCAUGGAGAAAACAUUGGCUCUCGAUAAAGCUUACCCUCUUCCUUUGUUAGGGAGCAUGAUUGAAAAGUUCCCUGAAAAAUUUGAGCCUGCUGUGUGGUGGCCUAAAUCAAAUGAGACCCAAGGUAGGAAACAGCCUAAAAAGGUGACUACACAAGGAAAAAAUGGGUGGAGUGAAGAUCUUGAAGAGGAGAUGAGGGAGGUGAUUGAAGUGAUAAAGAAAAAAGACAGUGAAGAUUAUAUGAGGCUUGGCAACUUGGCAUUGAAGGUAAACAAAAUCUUAGCUAUCUCAGGUCCAUUACUCACUGGCAUUGCAGCUGCUGGGUCUGCCUUUGUAGGCCAUGGAUCUUGGGCAGCAAUUGUGGCAGUGACAGCAGGAGCAUUAGCUAGCACGGUCAGUACCUUCGAGCAUGGUGGCCAAGUUGGUAUGGUGGUUGAAAUGUAUAGAAACUGCGCUGGAUUCUUUACACUUUUGGAAGAAACAAUUGAAUCUACAAUUCAAGAAGGGGAUUUGGAGAAAAGGGAAGGAGAAAUGUUUGAAAUGAAUGUAGCAUUGAAACUUGGAAGAAGCUUGUCACAGCUUAGAGAUCUUGCUAGAAAAUCAUCUUCUUCUCAUGCUGAUGGAACAAGCAUAGAUGAGUUUGCUAGCAAGCUAUUUUGA